GAGAAUAUUUAUCAGUUAUCUCACCAAACACACCCCUCAUUAUCUUCGUCUCUGCCUCCUCUCUCUCCCACUCUCCAUCGAUAAUGGCUCUAACCCCACUAGAGCUCCGGCCGUUGGGCAAUACGGGGCUUAAGCUCAGCUCCCUCGGCUUCGGCGCCUCACCACUCGGUAAUGUUUUCGGAAUCGUCUCUGAAGCCGACGCCAUCGCCACCGUCCGCCAAGCUUUUAACCUCGGAAUCAACUUUUUCGAUACAUCACCGUAUUAUGGAGGAACAUUAUCUGAAAAGAUGUUGGGGAAAGCAUUGAAGGCUUUGGGAGUACCUAGAAAUGAGUACAUUGUGUCGACUAAAUGUGGAAGGUAUAAAGAAGGUUUUGAUUUUAGUGCUGAAAGAGUGACGAGGAGCAUUGAUGAGAGCCUGGAGAGAUUGCAGCUUGAUUAUGUUGAUAUCCUGCAAUGUCAUGAUAUAGAAUUUGGCUCACUUGAUCAGAUUGUUACUGAGACGAUUCCCGCACUUCUUAAAUUGAAGGAAGCAGGGAAGAUUAAAUUCAUUGGUAUAACGGGGCUUCCGUUGGGGAUAUUCUCUUAUGUUCUGGAUAGAAGUCCACCUGGAACAGUUGAUGUAAUCCUAUCAUACUGCCACUACGGUAUAAACGACUCCACUUUGGAGGAUCUUAUCCCAUACUUGAAGAGCAAGGGUGUUGGUAUAAUAAGUGCUUCUCCACUUGCUAUGGGACUUCUUACUGAAAGCGGCCCUCCAGAAUGGCACCCUGCUUCCGUGGAACUCAAGGCUGCAUGUCAAGAUGCUGCUGCUUAUUGUAAAGAUAAAGGGAAGAAUAUAUCAAAGUUAUCUUUGCAAUACAGCUUAUCAAAUAAAGAUAUUUCGACUAUCUUGGUUGGGAUGAAUUCUGUCAAACAGGUUGAUGAAAAUGUAGCAGCUGCAGUUGAAGUUGCAACAGUUGGGAAGGAUGAGAAGGCCAUAUCAGAGAUUGAAGAAAUUCUGAAACCUGUGAAAAAUCAGACAUGGCCUAGUGGCAUUCAGCAGAGUUGAUCAUUUCAUACAUUGCUAAAAUCUGGAGCGAUGCCAUUGCCAACCCUUUCCAUUUUAUUCGUCUUUUAUUCCUCCUUUGUAAGUAAUUGUGUUUAUUUAUAAUAAUCAUGUAAUGCUACGGCUGUUGCUUUUAACAUUCAUGUUACCGUGGAUCACUCUUGUAUUAUACCAUCAUUCACGUCAUAUAUUAUGUUCUGUCCUUAAUUA